AUCGCGCAUGCGUAUUUUCCUUUCAAAGUUAAAAUGGCGGCAGAUUUGAGUAGCGAGACAAAUGCUGCAACAAUUAUACAGGCUUCUGUCAGGGGUUUUCUCCUACGGCAGCAGCUCAAAUGUGUACAGAGGGAAUUUGAAUCAAUUGUGUCAGAAAUUGAAGGCCCAGAGACUCAUAUUCUUUGGCCGGUUUAUGCCAUUGGGUUACCUGUGCUUGUAACAGAUGAUAGAGACCUGGGGAGCUAUCUUGCAAGUGGAAAAUAUGUGAGGCUGUCUGAGUCGGCAGAUCUUAUUCUUGAAGAUUCAUUGGAUAAUGAGAGAACAUUAAUACCAGAUAAUGACUGCAAUAGGUUGCCUAGCAACAUAGGAUCAACAGAAAAUAGCAAUACUGAAAUACAAUUACAGAGAGAACUUUUCCCAGAAAAAGGAAGAACUACCCCAAAACAAAGUUUGCAAACAGACCAUGAGGAUUUGGAACAAGAUACAGAUGUGGGUGAUACUUCAAAAACAAAGGAUCAGAGAAAUAUGGCUCCUGUACCAACAACACCAAAGAAGAUUUCACCCAUAUCAUCACCUCCAUCAAAGAGUCCAAGUGAUAAUGGUGAACCCUGCAUAAAUAGGCCUGUCUUAAGCCAUGAAGACUUUGGAGGAAAGCCUCCAAAUGCUGUUGGCAAUCCUAUCCAUUUAUCAGGAAGACACAGCUCUCAUAGUGUCAGCCCAGUUGGCUCAUUUAGCCCUGCUCAGGGUCAGUUUAGUACCCCAGCUGUUUCUGAUAAUUCAGAACCUUCAUCAGCAAGGGCCCAUGCCCUGAAGUCACACCCACUUUUGACUGACAGCUGGAUGACUGAUAAGUCAUUUGAUCCAGCCCCUGAUAGUGACUCAUCAUCGCAAGUGAUAACUGACGAUUUGCAGAAAACCAGGGAACAGAUUGCAAUGGAAUUGUUAUGGACUCAGCAAGCUAUCCAAAGCCGUAAAAAUUACUUGCGGCUCAAGAAGCAGAUGGAGGAAGACACAGGUCACACAAAGGACCAAGCAAGAACAAGGAAACAUUAAAGUGGUCGUGGAAGAACCUUCCAAAUGGUGAAUAACUUCAUUCUGCUUAGUAGAGAUCCAUCCGGUUUUAAAGAAUAAGGAAGUAAGUGUCAGUAUAAGUUGGAAUUUGUAGUUUUUUGCCGCCUUGUGCCGAUGUGCAUAAAUUGGUAAGCGUGGAACACAUGAUUGGAAGGGUAAGCGAGAUGAGUUGACUGUUCAGGCAUGUUCAGGAUAGGCUGAGACGGGUGCGCAGUCAUAGAUAUCAUAUUGAAAAGCAAAGUAUAGGGAAGAUCUUCUUGGCCGCCAAGGGGGGGUCGGGUACCCUGUGCACCCGCGGUUGUGUACACACCGACAUGACGGGAAAACAUGACGUGACGCUUCAAAUAAGCCCAUUUCACAUCGAAUAAGGCGCAAAAUUUAUCUAAGUACUUAGUGAGUAAUAGCAAACAAAAUAUCAAGUGCGACUUUUUUUUUAAAUUGAUGCG